UAUCUUAUAUCUACUAUGUUCGGACCAAGAUCUGGUCUUACAGCUGUUCUAAACAGAGAGUUUUUAAUCGAAGAUGAUGGCAAAGAAGAAAAAUAUGUCAAGUAUUCAACAAAUUCCGUCGGACUUGUGAUGUACCCUCAUCAUCCUAUAGAUUAUGUCAGUAUAUUAGCUCCUAGACACAUUCUACAAGCACAACAAGAACUACAGAUUGCCGUAAUUCCAUUUCGCAAUAUAAAACACAGUGGGUAUUAUAAACGAAAUGAUAAAGGUGAAAUGGUUCCAAUGUGUGCAGAUGAAGAAACUGAAAUAAAAUAUUUUCCUAAGUAUCGAUAUUCGAACUGUUUUACCAGCUGCUCUAUAGAGGCUGUUUUUCAGAGCUGUGGUUGCUUGCCAUACUAUUACACGCCUAUAGCUAAAAAAUUUUCUUUAAAGCUCUGUGAAUGGGAAGAUUUCCCGUGUCUUUACGCGAACGCAAAUUAUACACGGAUUAUUCAAAAUGUUGUUAGAGAAAACUUUACGUGUCAAUGUAUAACUCAAUGCCGGUUUACAACGUUUGAGUUACGAACUCUCACGCUUCCACUAAAUGGUGCUCACGAUUUUAAUCCCUUGAUGUAUAAGAAUCUUUCGAAAGCUCAAUCUAUUCUAAGAGUAUUUAUGAAAUCCAGUACAUUCAGGGAAAUAGAAACAAUUCCGGUUGCUGAUACAUUAUAUUUACUAUCGUCACUGGGCGGAAUAUUUAGCCUUUUCUUGGGGUGCAGUUUCAUAAGUGUUUUGGAGAUCUUUUACUUCAUAGGAUUAUCUUUUCGUUCAAAGUUUAAGAAAUCAAAAUAAAAAUUAAAUUAAUAGUUAAUAGUUAAGUCAUAAUAUCAUCUUUUCCUUUAUUUAACAAGGGUCGCCGUAUGCGUGACUCUACGUUUCAAGUCAAAAAUGCAACACUUAAACAAUUGAUCAAUGUCCGUAGGCGCUGCAAAGCACUUUGACACCCCCGAUAAGACCACGUGUGAAAAUACCAGGCGAUGCGAGCUGUUUCGAUUAUUCUGAAACCAUUCUCAAUCACCCUUACCAUCUGACCAAUUAGUUCUAUUCCAAGAUUUUGGACAACUAAUGUGAACGAAUGGUUCGUUAAAUAGUUACAAAUAUUUUACACUCACAAAUUCAUCAAGUCACUGCGCUAAAUAAAAGAGCUCACUUUAUGGUAUAAAACAUUCUAUACAUAUAGAUAACUUUUAAUAUUUUAUUGCGUAUUAUUUAUUUAUACGUACCGUAGACUAGGUAUUUCUCGUUGUUUCCGUGAGAGGCUGUAAAUAAAAGUUGAACAGUUCAAUCUUAAAUGUACGGUUUAAUUCUUAACUUAUUUGCCUAAAACUGUUAAAAAUUGUAAGAUUCUAUAUUGCCAUGUAUAUUGUUGCGUUGUAUUUUAAAUAAGUAAUACAAUUAUUUUAUACUUUUAAUCCCGUUUGUGGAAA